AUGGUUGCUGGGAUCGUGAUUCUUCCAGAUGUUAAUCUAGCUUGUUUCUCUGUUCUACAGGUGCAGCAUGCAAGCAAACAGAUUACAGUAGACAAGCAAUACAAAGGCAUCAUGGACUGUGUUGUCCGUAUCCCCAAAGAGCAGGGUUUCCUGUCCUUCUGGCGUGGCAACCUGGCUAAUGUGAUCAGAUACUUCCCUACUCAGGCCCUCAACUUUGCUUUCAAAGACAAAUACAAGCAGGUCUUCCUGGGUGGCGUCGAUAAAAGAACCCAGUUCUGGCGUUACUUUGCCGGCAACCUGGCCUCUGGUGGUGCUGCUGGUGCUACAUCUCUCUGUUUUGUCUACCCUCUUGACUUUGCCCGUACUCGUCUGGCAGCUGAUGUGGGUAAAGCUGGAGCAGACAGAGAAUUCAACGGUCUUGGUGACUGCCUAGUCAAGAUUUUCAGGUCUGAUGGUCUUAAGGGCCUGUACCAAGGCUUCAAUGUGUCCGUGCAGGGCAUCAUUAUCUACAGAGCAGCCUAUUUUGGCAUCUAUGACACUGCUAAGGGAAUGCUUCCUGACCCAAAGAACACCCACAUCAUCAUCAGCUGGAUGAUUGCUCAGACAGUUACCGCUGUUGCGGGUUUGACUUCCUAUCCAUUUGAUACUGUACGCCGUCGGAUGAUGAUGCAGUCAGGGCGUAAAGGAACUGACAUCAUGUACUCUGGUACAAUUGACUGCUGGCGAAAGAUUGCCCGUGAUGAAGGGUCCAAAGCUUUCUUCAAGGGUGCAUGGUCCAAUGUACUCAGAGGAAUGGGUGGUGCUUUUGUCUUAGUAUUGUAUGAUGAAAUCAAGAAGUAUACUUAAUUCAUUCCUCAUGUGAACUGGCAUGUUGUAUUAUGUAACUUACUCUGACCAUUCAUGGACUGUGUAUUAAAAAAAAAAAAUUGAUCACAACUGGUAUCUACUGGUUGGCAAAGGGCAGCUGCCGUGCUCACCUGUCUGUCAAGUCAUUCCCCUGUUGAUGGGACUCAAAUGUUUUUAUUUCAGACACUCCAUUUAAAUAAAUCUGAUGAAAUAAAAAAACAUUAAGAACCAA